AGCAGGGGAACGCAACAUUUUUAACACUCUGCUCAAGUGUAAAAAGGUGAACCUGCUAGCAGCAUAUUAUAACUGAUUAUGACUUGGCAGCAUACACAAACACACACCUGAGCGGUCUGCCAGGUUAGUGGGUGAAUGUGUGACUCAUUUCCUUUCCUGGAGACGUCAGUCUUCUGCUGGGCUGUAAAAGGAGGUGAGGUGGUUCCGUGUUCACUAGAUCAGAGGACGGUUCACCAGGAACACGGAUUACCAUGGAGAGAAAAGCCUUGCUUUGCAUUUUCUUCUUGUUGCUACCACUGGCCUUAGUGUCUGCAGACAUACCUGUCCUUAACUCAAUAAAUGACCUCAGGAACAUCGAGUUUGGCCACAGAUUCCCUCGUCAUGGUCUAAUGCUGCUACACUUCAUCUCUGGCGGCCUAUACGUCGAUAACAACGAUGCACUCAUACCAACGUUCUCGCCAGAAAUGGGAGACUGGGGCUUCCAUGAGUUUUAUAACAAUGAAGGCGUUUUUCCACCACUGCAAGAUCAGAACAGACAGGGUUACUACGCAGUCGGGAAUAUCAACACACGAACAGCAUACCCACUCGAUCCUUAUGUCACUCGCAGCUAUUACCUUACCCCAGGAAACUUAGAGAGGAACAUGGACAGGUUAGUUGUCAGAACAAGCCCCAACAGUCGACGGUUAGAGGCAGUCUACAUCACACAGCACAUUAGAGGAAGCAGUGAGUAUGACCCCAAUAACACCUACCAGAUCAGCCCCGCCCUCCUGAGGGAGAUCAGGACCCUCUCGCAAAACAGGGUGGACAGUGUGGACGUGUUUCUGUACGCUGCCGGCUAUAGCAUAGACUCCAGAACCUUCACCAGGAACUGCUAUGCCAUUGAUAGCACAUACAAGGUUGAAGACGCAGGCAGAAUGACUCUGAAUGAGUCCCCUGCUAUAAUGAAAGGGGCAGUGGUGAAUGACCACCACACAGAGUGCUAUGCUGUUGUGCUCCAGGUGAAAUCCACAGAAAGUGGGUACGCCCGGCUCGGAUGGGCUAAUGUCCCUGACAGCCUACUGGAUGUGGGGGUGAUGCUGGCACUCUUUAAUAAAGAUGGAAAUAAUCUCUCAUCUCUCUCUCUUGACACGCGCAGCUACGGAACCUAUGACACGAACCAGAACCUUAACCACGGCCUACAGGUCAAGCUGCUCUCCAAGGACGGGUCAAAUGUCUUCAUCAGCGGACCUCAGUAUGAUGACGCAGACAGGAAGAUUCCUGUUGGCAUAGAGGGGUAUGACGCCAGUCUGCAGCUCUACACUAAAGACGGCUAUGCUUGCGCACGCCUGUUCAUCAGUAAGACCUUCACCGAUUGGAAGACUGAUUUCUAUUACUCGUGGGUAGGAUUCUACUCCAAUCACAACGAUGCUUGUAAUUCUUACUCUACUUACCAGUACGCUGUCAGAUUCACUAAGCAGGAUGACACAAACAUAAAAUAUGAUAUAUAUUCGUAUGUGUCUAGUUUGUCCAUUCAACCUGGAGCUCAAGCUCGAUUCUUCUUCACGAAAACAUACGAUAACAUUCUGGCAAAAACUAAACCAUGGGAAAGGUAAAAAGGUGUCUGGAAGAUUGCUGGUAUUAAUAUUAGUGUCAUUUAAGGAGAAACCAGCAGAAUCUUACAGCAUUUAGAAAGAAAUUGGAAAGCAACAGUGUAAAUGUAAAGCACCCAACAGAGAACCCCUCAGUCAGGUGAUUACCAAAGAGCCCUGUCUCCACCGCUUACACCACACCACACCGUCUCCGUGGCGACAGGGAGCAGCCAAUCACCAUGCUGACGGCAGUAGAGAGCAGACAGGAUUGGACACAUCCGACCCUUCUGUAACUCAGAGACUGAUUAGGCUACUACUAAAAUAUGUUUUGUCUCAGGUAAUAAGAUGGAGAAGUGGGGAGAG